AUGGCCGCUUCGUCGAAAAUCUCUCGAUUGAUCACGGCUCGCGACGAUCCGCCCGAUAAUUUGCAGCAAGCCCUCGAGGUCACCCGCCAGGCAAACGCCACCAACAUUGCGCUCGGCAUUUUCAACGCGAUGGCGUCGAACCCACAAAAUAGCAAUUGCUUCCUGAACGUGCCGCAGUUGAUCGCCACCUACUCGCUGCUAGCUAAUGCUGCUGAUACGAAGGUGGCCAACCAGCUGCGUAAUCGUCUCUUCGGCACCGAGGUGGUCAGCAGGACGGCCGCUACCGAGGGCCUCCCCGUCGACGUGCUGGCCGGCGAGAUCAGGUCGUUCAAGGCCGACUCCGUCAAGCUUUUCCAGAUUGAUCGCCACGACGUGCUGACGGUGCCAACCGUUCACGACGCGCUGACGAUUUAUAUCAUUCAGAAGAGCGAACUCCGCGACAACCCGUACAUUUACAACCAGCUGUUCGUCCCCGGCGGCUUUGAGGAUUUGGCCCAACCAGAUAGUGCCCCGUCCUCGACGCUGCCGCCGGCCAUCCAGCACCACGAUUUGUUCGACAUUGCCGAUCUGUCGCGCAGAAAGGGAAGUCGCCCUGUCCCUCUCCCCCCAGUGCCGGCCGACUACACGCGCUACAUUGUCGACCACCCUUUCGUCAUCAUCCUCAUCGACAAGGCCAUUAAUAUGCCGGUGCAGAUGGGCUAUAUCAGCCGCCCAACUCCAGCCGAUCGGCCGCGCGACGACGCCGCGAAGAAGGGCCUCGGCUGCACGAUCGCC